AUGCCAGGUCCCGGUAGCACCGACCCGAAGAGUAGGCCGGAGAUGUGUAGGUCCCCUAACGUGGAGACUGGGAAGACGACAACCUCGUCCAGUGAGACGCCGACUACCAACUCCGUGACCGCGACGACGAGGGGAAGUCGUCGCGCUCAAGGCUGGCACUUGGCUGUUGGCGGUGGUGCCCCUCCUGGUACCGCCGCCGCCAAUCACUCCGCGUUGGAUGUCAAGACGCUGGGAAGCAGUGGUGCGAACAGCGGCAUCGUUCUUAGAGCCUCCGUGCAGUUUAGCAAAGAUACCUUGUACAGCCAAAGCAGUCCUAGCGUGCCGAAGGUGUAUCACCGCGCCGCGCACGAUGAAGCAGCCGACUUUCGUCAGAACAUGGCCGAGUUCCUGACGGUGAUGUACGGCGACAAGACCGCCAGCGGAGUCGUGGGGACAGACGAAAAAGGUGUUGGUGCGCCACACGCCAAGGGAAAGGCGUUCACUGGUGAGUUGGACAUUCCUGCUGCGCUGCUGGCAGCCGAAAGCGGGCCACUGCCGCGCGUGAGCUCCUUGGGUGGGGUGUCCCCAGUAGGCAAAGGCCCGCUUGUGAAGGGCCUCACUGCGAACAGCCGUCGCCACUCGCAAGGCGACCGCAUCGACACGCUCGUGGAGUCACUGGUGCGUGCCUACAGCCGCCGGACGACGUCAGCGCGCGGCGAGUUUCAAGGCACCACCGGGCCAGACGACGACAGGCCUAUCAACUACAACGUUCCUCGCCAGAACAACUACUGCCGUGCACAGGUGUCCCCACGGCUGAGCCGCGGCAACGGCGUCGGCGUCGGCAGCGGGCACAACAACGAUGUGUCAGUGUUUGUGAGUCAGGCGAUGGGCAACAUCAUCAGCCCUGGCGGCAUUCGGGGCCAGGGAGCCGUGUCGAAUCGCUCCAUCUUGUCCUCUCUCGGGCUGGACAGGAACCUCUUCAACUUGAUGCCCUUCCAGACACAGAGCAACCUGGAAAAUGUCACGGAGGAGGAGGACUCCGACACGUUGUUGGAGCCGGUGUACGUGGGCAAGCAGGCGAUGUUUCGCUCAGUGGGUACGCGGCCCAACAUCAGUGACAUCUCCGUCAGCAAGUCCAUGCGAGGGGUGAUGUCGUCAGCGCCGCGUGAGUGUGGGAAGGACGAUCACCUCAACACCACCCAAGCACCACUGCGUGGCGACAGCGGUGGCCCUCGACGAUCCAGCGGGGGCACUGCGCCGUUGUCGCAGAGGCAGGGGUUGUGGAAGAGGAAGCAGAGCCUUAACAGCGUCGAAGUGAUGGACAGGAGCAGAGCGAAUCGGCGAGGCGGCAGCGGCGCGGGCGGUAACACGAAGAAUAGGAACGCCGCACUCUCCAUGUCCCUUGACUCUAAGGCGCUCGGCAAGGCUGGCGGUGCGGACGAGGAGGAUGACAGCUGGAGCGAUGAGCCCGCGGGCAUCCUGGCAACCAAGGUGAUGGAGGGUGAGAGCCCUGCAAUUGUCUCAUCUGCCCGAAGCCUCUUGGACUACUGCAAGACACGUGCUGACGUCACGCUGCAGAAGGCGCUAGGGGCGCUGCACGACGAGGAGCAGCUGAAGCGUGACGUCGUCAUCGCCGUUGAGCACCAGUUGUGCGUGUACAUCCAUUCUCUGGAACGUGCGGAAAGGGCGAAGAAGGGCGGAGGGUCUGCGGGUGUCAGCGAUCGGGGAAAGGGGAGCGGAGAGGAAUCCGCCAGCUCGAAUCUAGCAGCCGAACGUGGGAAGGUCACGAGCGGAGAAGCAGGCGCAGCUGCCUAUCCGAGUAAUCGUGACACUAUCAACAGCGACGUCGCGCCUCUCAUGGGGAACAUGAUGGACUUCUUGCAAGAAAGCACUGCCGGGGCCAACUGCUCGAAGUCGCUGAAGUCUGCCUCGAUAAGAAUGUGA